AUAACAUGAAUUUGACGUUUAGAAUCUAUAUCGAAUAUUUAAUUAAUUACUCCCGAUGUAUCGUGAAACCCUUAUUUGUGUUAAUAAAACUUUUAUCAUUGUAUUUCAACAAUAAAAUAAAUUAUUUUCAAUUUUAAAGACGUAAUCGAUUAUGUAAUACGUGUUGCCUAACUGCAUUUACAUCAAACAUAUGAGAUUGUUUAAAACGUCAAAUAGCAGAGUUCAGAACCGCGUAUUGAUUUAUUCUCAUUGUGCGCAAAUAAAAACAGAGUUGAAUUAAUAAAUAUUACUAAUUAUUGUUUAAAACUAAGUGAAUAUUCUCUAUAACGCUUGUAAUGUAUAAUUAGUGCUGUAUUAUAAAUGUUUCGAUAAUUGUCAUAACACCUACACUUCCAAUGCUGAAACAAGAUGUUUCCUAAUUAUUCAAACUAUUAUACCUAUACGAGGCACCUGAGAUUCGGAUUGAAAUAUUAAAAUAAGGUAGAUGUGAUUAAUGUUUACAAAUUCAGAAAUGUACUCAUUUUAAAAAAAUGGGUGGACAAGUAAGUCAGGUGUUCCAAUCUGGUAGUGCUCUAUUAACCAAUGGGCACGGACAUAAAGUUACUGAUUCUACAAGGCAGAAAGUGCAGACGAUUUUCGAUGCUUUGAGAGCUAAUCCUAAAAUCGGAGUACAAAGACUAGAGGGAUUACUACAACAAAUACCAAGGAAUGAAAAUAUAUUAGCAAUUCACGAUGAGACUGGUUAUAAUUUGUUACAAAAGUGCGUUGGUGCUAACAACGUAGAACUUGUUAGAUGGCUACUAGCCAGACAUAGCGCUGCAGACGUCAAUAGGUUCCCUUGUAGCUUACCUCUUCAUAUAGCCUGUUUAAAGGGACACGACGAAUGUGUCGAGCUACUGUUAAAACACGGUGCAAAGUCAGAUGUUGAAAUGCGAAUGUGUUGGCCGGGUCCUCAUAGUAGUAAUUGCGAAGAAAGGGGAAAAUAUUCUUCCGCUGUUCAACAUGAAGAAGCUUGCAUUGAAAGAGACAGUAGGGAAAGAGCACCCGUUAGCAAGCUACAAUCUGCUAUUUAUUACGCACUAGAUGGUGAUCAAGUUAACAUUCUAACUUUAUUAUCCCAAAGGGGAGAAGAUCCAUGGAAUGGAAUUUUUCGUGCCAGGAAACCUUUGUUGCAUUCUGCUUGUGAAAGGGGCGCUUGGAAAUGUACGGAAUAUCUGAUAAAGGAACGUUCUGAUGAAAUACACGUUUUGAAGGAUGAAUAUUAUCCUAUCCAUUAUGCAGUUUUACAUGAUAGUAAAUUUCUUGAACUCUUAAUCGAUCACGGUGCUGAUACAACAGUUCGUACCUGUACCCAACAGAUGACUCUCCUUCACGUAGUAUUACUAGUGGCUCAUAAAUCAGCCGAAGAUACGAUAGCGACCAUCAGGUUAUUGCUCGACCACGGGUGCAAAGAAUUAAUCAAUACACCUGACAGUCUUGGAAAUACUCCUUUACAUGCUCUUAUAGUAAGAUAUGCAUUAGAAGAAGCCCAAUAUGGUUAUGAUAAAUGGAACAAAUGGGAUAUACUACAUCUAGUUAGGUACCUCAUCCAAAACGGUGCUAGACAGUCAAUAAAUCACUCUGGAAAUUCCGCAGUGGCUUGCGUAUUAAGACACGUAAGAGAUUGGGACGUCUGUUAUGAAUUGCUCAAUAUGUUACUCAACGAAGAAGGCGAUCCAAAUAUGGUAGGUAGAGACGGUUCGGUACCUUUAAUGGUUUGUUUAGUACCACUUAUAAAUAAAGAUCCUUUACAUCACUUUACGCAUAAUAUGAAAGUUUGUUAUUUGAAUUGUAUAAAGAUUUUACUGAAACACGGUGCCAAUUCGAAUUGUAGCUACAGGGCUAAUCUGACACCUCUACAUGUUUUAGUUUUCACCGUAUCCGAAAACAUAACAAUAAAUUGCAAUAUACAGAAACGGGGAAAUUUCGAAUUUAUCAAAAAUUUGUUGAUACUUUUGUUAAAUCAUAAUUUAGAUCCGAACGUCAGAGUCAGUAGGACCAAGGAACACAUCCUGCAGAGUUGUAUGGAUAUGGUUUUGAAUGUUAGAGAUUGUAUGGAUAUACAUUACGUAUACGAUCUCACCCUUACGCUUAUACAAUUUGGGGCUAACCCAGAUCUGAGUUUGAGUAUGUCGGAAGCUAUAAAAAGUCACCCUCUACACGCUCAAAGCGUAUGGAAAACGAAAAAUUACAUUCUGUAUUAUUACAUAAUGUUGAUAUCUCGCAAAGAAAAUUUAAUCACCGAUCCACAUCUCAGUUUUUCCAAAAUCAUUUGGUUAUUCUAUUGUGUAAUGCAGCACAAGCCUCUAUUCGAGUGCCUCAAGAUACUUCACACUCAACAAUUGAGUUUAGUUCCAGGUAAAACGACCGAACCUCUAACCGCCAUCAUAAGGGAUCUGUAUAAAAGACCACGUACCCUCAAACAGAUCUGUAGGGUGAAAAUACACAAUUGUUUGGACAGAAAACCGGGGCUUUACAUCAACAAACUCAAUUUACCCAAUCAACUCAAAGAUUAUUUGUUAAAUUUCCAAGCAUGAAUCAAUUAUAUGUGUUUAAGGGAAGUCCCAGGUGAAUAUCGUUAACGGUAUAACUUGAAAUUUCAAUAUUCUUUUCCGUUCGGUUAUUGACAUGUAAUCAGUAAGAGAAAUUAGUUUUAAUUUCCAAGCAUUAAACACUCGAGACAAUCUCGAAUAUUUUGACAAAUGACAAAACGACAAGUGACAGAUUACUACCGUUUUAAACGGUUAAUAAAAAAGAAGUGGAAACGAGAAAAUGUGGUAUCGAAAAAAAAAAAUAACGCACCGAGGUUUCAAAAAUUUUGACGUUUACAUCUACUCCGAUUUUAUCAAAUAUUCUCGUAGAAAAAUUGUAGAAUAUUCAAGAAAAUUCCAUUGGAUCGAAAAGUAUCCGGGAACGUUGACAGAUUUUAUCAAUAUUUUUGAUAUCUGACGAUAAUUUUUAAUGAGUUGAAGAUAAAAUAAACCUAAUCUCAACUGAAGUAAACAUAACCUAACCGGAGCUAAAGUAAACUUAACCUAAUCGAAGCUUAGGUAACACAAAUCUAACCGAGUCAAAGUGAACACAACCUAACCGAAGCUAUAUUAGGUUAGUUUAGAUAAGCUAGGGCGUAAAGGCCGUGAAUUUAACUCGCUUGAACUACUGAUCUAUUGUGUACCCCGGACUGUUUACCGCGUAAUCUAACCUAAUCGAAGCUAAAGCAAACUUAAUCUAAUAGAAGCUAAAGCAAACUUAACCCAAUCGAAGCUAAGUUAAACCGAACCUAAUGCCAAAGUGAAUAUAACCUAAUCGAAGCGAUAUAGGUUAGAUUAGAUGAGCUAGGGCGUAAAGGCCGUGAAUUUACCCCGCUAAUACUUCGACAUGUUGAUAUAUUGUGUACCUAGGACUGUUUACAACGUAAUCUAACCUAACAUAAUCGAAGCUAAAGUAAACUUGACCCAAAUUAAACUAAACUAAACCUAACCUUAUCAAAGCUGAGGUAAAUCUUGAUAUUUUUGACAUUUGCUAAUAAUUUUUAAUUAUUUAUCAAUAGAAAACGAGGAUUUCUAAACUUUCAGCUUAAAUUUUGACGUUUUCCAUACUUUUAUCUGUCAACUUCUCUUCUACGUUUAUAAAUAGUACGGACACAAAACUAUUCUAGAAUAUUCGAGAACUACACAUUUGUACAGGUAAAGGAGAGUUAAAAUAAAAAAAGAAGAUUAACCUAACCUCGUUAAAAAUAUGAAUUUUAUUAAAAAUCUCGGAUUGUAUUGUUGACGCUUUAUAUUUUAUCGUCGUUUUACGAUUGUUUCUUUGACAUUUCUAUGUGAAUUAUAUGACGUUUAGGAAAUGUCAUAAUUAUAUGACAACUCGAUUGUCAAAAUUUUUUUCAAUUUUUGAAAUGUGGGAAUUCUGUAUGUUUGAAAAAGUCGAUUACAUAUGAGAAACUAUUUUUGGAAAUAAUUCCGUAUCUACUAGAUUUCGAAUCAUAAUAAAAAACGCUAAUUUGGCGUUUUCGAGAUUGUACAAUCCAUUUAUCGAGUUCCCGUAUGUCGAAAAUUAGUACAUCCGGUUGUAUUAAUAAUUGAAUUUGUUGUAAAACGUAUCGUAUCAGACAAUUAAGAUAACAUUCGAAGUUGGAGUAAACCUAACCUAAUCGAAGCUAAAGCAAACAUAAUCUAAUAGAAAUUACUGUAAACUUAAACUAAACAAACCUGACCUAAUCGAAACUUGAGUAAACAUAAUAUAUUCGAAGCUAAAGUUAACCUAACCUAAGUUGAAGUGAACAUAACCUAAUCGAAGCUUAAGUAAACUUACCUAAGCUAAAGUGAGCAUCAUCUUACCUGAAAAUGGUGUUAUGAUAAAAGUUGGAUCAAUAAAAACGUGAACAAAAAUUAUUUUUUAAUUUUUUCUUAUUGUAAAUCAUUCUCCUGUUCAACUGAGCUUUAAAAUCAAACUUUUAGUUCAAUUCAUAAAACCAUAAUCCGGAAAUUAGCAAUCAAAUUAUUUCUAUAACCGGAAGUACUGAUUUCCGACGUCCGCGACUUUGGAUAAAUGGAUUUUGCGACCUCAAAAACGCUAAACUAACGUGAUCUAUUAUUAUCCUGAACGUGUAAUCAGUAUUUUUCGAUUCGUAUACGAGUGAUGUCGAAAAAUAUGAUGAUUUUUGGCAAUAUAGAAAAAUUUUAAUAAAAUAAAAGUUGUACGGGAUGAAUAGGCAACUAUAACUUUCUAAUCGAUUUUUUUUUACAUUUCAUAUUGAUAAUAAGAAUUUUUUCCAUACGUUGACAAUUUUUUCAAACAUACCGUAUACGAAAUACUCAAUUGUAAUCUAUGAAAUGUUGUUGAUUUUUUUUUGCCUCGUUUAUAAUAAAAUAAAAAACUAUCGUUUAUCAAAUGACUGAUUUAUUGUAAAAUUAUUAAAAAAAUUCAGUUGUAUAUAUAUAGUGUAUAAUAUGGUAAAAAAAGUCUAUAUUACGUUAUUAUAUUGUGAUUAUUGUUAUGGCAAAUUGGUAUCAAUAUUUGAAUAAAUGAUAUUUAUUAUUCAA